AUGGCCUCGCCGAUGCCUGUUGGAGUUAAAACCGCCGUGUAUCAUUGUCCCAUCAACGCUAGUUCUGAUCCAACACCUGUAAAGCCGCCAUCACAGAAGACACAAUACAUCACUCAAGUGCCCAGAUCGCCUUCUAUCUCUCAGCGGCUCCGUCCCAGUGUUGUCUCGGAGAGCUAUUCUGGCGACUCUGUUCAAGAUUCUCUUGAGCAUCAUCACUCAGCGCCUGCUCAUCAGCCUAGUACUUUCCUCGAGUUCCUCAACCAGAGCGGUCCUGUCGAGAACAGCCAACCUCCGUAUACCUCGUGUGAGAAAGACCCUAUCGCUUCGCGUCCACAAUCUCAGGAUCAAGUCAUCGCACAAGGCUCUAAUCAAGGACUUUCAUCCAAGCAUUUACCCUUUGAAAAUCACACCAUUGAGGAGGACUCGGUCAAAGUCUCGCCAUCAGCACGCCUGCAAUCCCAAGGCGAUACCGUGGAUAUUUCAGACGAACCACAACGCCGAACUCCGUCACAAAAGGAGCCCGUUACAGAGUAUCCAAGUCAAGCACAUAUUCCUGUACAUACUGAGCCAGACGACGACGACGACGAAGACAUUCAAGACUGCAUCACAGUUCGCUCUCGCCCUGUCACCUCGCCUAUUGAGCUCAACUCACGACAGAGCACAAACGACGUUGCUACUGUCUCAUCUACUUCUCGUGAACCAGAAGACAUCUACAACGUGACUCCUCUCUAUCGUGUUGGGUUUUCGCAGCCGAACGUUUCUGCUACCACCGGCAUCACUACGCCCAGCAUGCCUCCAAAAGCCUCAAGUACCAAAGGUACUACGUCUGCGAGCCAAAGCCGAAAAGCUGCCAGUACAACUUCAAGGAAGACAUCGAAGCCUGCCCAGCCUCUUCCUGACAUUGUUAAUGAAGGCGAGACCUCAUCCACGGCUAUUCUUCAAAAGUUGAGAGCUGGGGGCACCAGUCAGGCAAACACAACGCGAGAAGCUUUAAAAGUCAUGCCUAAGAUUGUUUUCGGAACUGAGACUUCUCAAAAAUCUGCAGCGCGUCAAAUGCAAGCUCCUGCGAACAAGCCCGCUGCGAAACCUUCACUGCAACGUCAAAUUCGACCUUCAGUCCUGUCUACCAAACAGUCUUCCCGUGGGCCUGAGCUUCCUGAGGGUGGUGGCGAGUUUGAAUUUUCGCCCGAUCCGAUUGCGACUAAACGUCCUGCUGUUCCAUGGCAACCUGAGGAGGUCAAGGGCAAAUCGACCAAGAUCACGAAGUCAACAGCUGCAUCAUCGUCUCUGAGCAAGAAGAGCAGCAAGAUUCAACCAAAGAAAAAAGCUCCUAAGGCUUCAGAGAGUGAUGAAGACAAUGAUGAUGAGGAAUACAGCGCACCCAAGACGUACAAAUCGAGGACUACGAUUACUACACGAGCAAGCACACGAGCUCAAACGCAGACGGUCACCAAAAAGGAUGGACUCAACGUUUCUACUCGAAACAGUACAGCAAGCAAAGCUGAACGAAAGGAACAGCAGCCUGUGCCACGAAAGACGGCUUCGUCUCACAGCCGAGAGGAAAUUGAGGACUUCGAAGACAGCGUAACUCACAUCAACUCUGGUGGUGCUGCUAGCCCGCAGCCAGCAACUCUAUCUCCGCCGGCAAAGCCUCCUGUAAUCAAGCAGACCAAGUCUCGACGUGCGACCGAAAAAGCGACACAGCUUAUGAAUGAUGUGAUUUCCAGUCCUGAUCGUGCCACAACUCCAGCCGCUACCAAGGCACAGUCCAGUAAGAAAGUACCUGUUCCGCGAGCGUCCUCUAGUGCAGCGCAUAAGACUACCCCAGAGCAAGGUACCACACGGCGGAACCCUGUCUUCAUCGACGACGAUGGUUCUAGUGAUGAUGGCGAGAAUGCUCUGCACGACGAUUUCGAUGUCAGCUAUGGUGAGAUCAUCACUGAGGGGAUGGGACAAAAGCCACAAGACAAGCAGAAAAGUUCUCCGACCAAAAUCAAAGCUCAGUCUCGAGUCGCCGUCGCUCCUGAAUCGCCAAUCCAGCAGCCAUUGGACCAUGUGUCCGACACCCUCCCCAAUCCUAGCUUGGUGGCGCAAGAGCGUGCUCAGCGCAAGCCAAAUAUUGUAGAAUUCGAUGCCAAUGGACCUAGGAACCAGGGUUCAAGACGUCAGACGAAAUUUUUCGACCUGGACAUACACGAUCCACCAUUCGAAAAGGCUUCGUCUCCAGAUCUUGACCAGUUCGAUGUACAAGAACCAUCGCCCACAUUUUUCACGACGUCGGGCCCAGACACGCAGCCGAAAGGAGUGCUCGACCUCAAAGCCCCUGAAAGUCUCACUCACGAAGACGACCUUGUAUCAUUGCUCGCUACAACUUCCAGAGGUGUUGCCGCAUCGAAACCAAAGUCAAACGGUGAACAACUUCGACAAGCUGUAAUGGCCGUUGAGAUCUCUACACCCAGAGAAAUGAAAUCGACAGAAUCUGAAUUAUUGGCGAAAGCAGUCACAUUUGAUCACGAACCAACGAGCACCUCACGGACCAAACAUCCCACGAGCAACACAUCUCUCCAUGGCAAGCAUGGCAGUGUUGAACCUCAAGCUCACUCUGGGUUUUUGGUUGAAGAGUACUCUCAACAAGUAUCCAAGAAGCAUGGAGACUCUGAUGCAAAGCUGCACGGAGAUGCAGAUACGACCAAGUCUAUGAUGCGACUGGCCAGGGACAAGGCAACAUUAAAUCUUGAUUCUGCAAGAAAUCCUAUUCCUGUCGACUCGACACAAAGAAAGCACACUCAAGCCUUGUCUAAUCAGAGUGUUUCACAAAUGCAAACUCAAAUUGUGCAGCCACAACAUGUUGACAGAUCUGCAAAGACAAAUGGCAGUAAAGCAUCAAAGCCUUUAGUAGAGCACAAUCAGGAAGAUAUUACAGGAACAUGGUCGCAGUUCAGUCAUGCCACGCCGCUCGCAAUCGAUCGAAAGCGGCCGUCUAUGGAAGUGGCUGUGGAAGCUUCCAAGCGUCUAAAGCCAGGCUAUCUUGGUUCUCGCUUGAAAUUGACACAGCCAGCUGCAGUAAAAGACGCAGUCUCACGAAAGCUGUCUCAGGUCGAUGACAAUGGAUCUCCUAUGCCGUAUGGAGGAGAAGUCUCGCAGGAAACAGCACUCGCUCCUCGAACAAGACAGAACGCUAUCAUUACUGCCUCGACUCCGACCAAUCUUGCAGUGCACCAAGCUACGGAUGAAGCCUUCGCCCGGCCUACGACAUUGGCGCGCAACGAGAGUCCUAGACCGAAGAACCCCUUGAAAGAGAUGCGUGCGCUACAGGAAGACUCACCACCUCAGGUCUCGCAACCUAUCAUGCACACUGGCUUCGGCAGAGAUAAGCAGUUCACUACCGAAAUCCUACUGGCAUUCAAUCUGCACAAGGAUAAUCCAAAACAUGCAUCUCCAGUACCAUCUAGGAGCCCACCACGAAGAGCCGCACCUGCAAAGAAGCUAAUUGGUCUUAUGGAAGCAUUGCGCUCGGAAGCGAUUCAACAAGCAGAUGCAUCAGGAGCCAGAGAAGAUGACGAAAAAGAGGAUCCAGAACCUGAGGAGCCUAUGGAUGAAGAAGAUCCAGACAAGACGCUUGUGAACGAAGACUCGGAUGAUGGGGACAGUAGUGACGAUGAUGGGUCUGGAUCACGGAACUCUUCGGAUACAGAUGGCGAGAAUGUGGCAAAGAGUGCUCUGUCAAUGUGGAGAGAUGCGUUGGAGUCGCACCAGGGAGAUGUUUACGAUCAACUAGUGCGCAUAGCGCAUCGAUUGACGAACCAUCUGAAGGACCAUGAGACUGCCAUCAACGAGAUCAAGACAGACUACAGCCAAGACGGAACGAAACUCAUCCAACGUCUCGUGAAGGACAACGAAGCCAAGCUUGAGCAGUACUGUACCAAGCGAUCAAAGAUUCAAGGAGCUGUAGUUAUGGGAUGUGAGAAGGCAGGCAAUAGCCUCUACAAUGACAUGAAGGAUGUCAGGGCUAGCCGCGAAAGACUUGUCAAGACGUUGCAGAGACAAGUGGAUGCGUUGGGAAGGCUGGACCAGAUCAUGCAAACUUACCAGGCAUGA